UCCUGGCCUUCCCUUUGCUUUUCUCUCCCUCGUCUCCCUCACGCUGUCUCCCCACCCCCGCUGUCGCUCGCAGCGGUUUUUGUGUUCGUCGGCGAAGCCGAGCCCUGGCGUCGAAAUCUGGGGUCCGUGUGGAGAGACGCAGCCCUGUGCUCCGUGAAGCUAUGGCUGCCUUAAGAAAAUCAGCUCAAGAUGUCCAAAAGUUCAUGGAUGCUGUCAACAAGAAAAGCAGUUCCCAGGAACAAAGGAACCUUGGGUCAGAUGUCUGGAGAACUGAGCAAAGAUGGGGACCUGAUAGUCAACAUGCGAAUUCUGGGCAAGAAGAGGACCAAGACAUGGCACAAAGGCACCCUUAUUGCCAUCCAGACUGUUGGGCUAGGAAAGAAAUACAAAGUGAAGUUUGACAACAAAGGAAAGAGUCUGCUGUCUGGCAACCACAUCGCCUACGAUUACCACCCUCCUGCCGACAAGCUGUUCGUGGGCAGUCGAGUGGUGGCCAAAUACAAAGAUGGAAAUCAGGUCUGGCUUUAUGCUGGCAUUGUAGCUGAGACCCCCAACGUCAAGAACAAGCUCAGGUACCUGGGCGGGUUUGUAGAUUGUAGGGGACCUGGGAGCACAGCACCCCACUGUUCAUACAAUGGGCAAGAUUUCACUGCCAGCUUUUGUGUUCUCAUCCUUUGUAAUCAGAAACCCUUUCUCUCUCUUCCCAUGUCAUUUCUUUUCUUCUUACAGACAGCAUCUCUAUGUGUAGUUCAGGCUACUGUCAUAUUUUUGUUUGUUUGUUUUUUGAGAUAGGGUUUCUCUGUGUAGUCCUGGCCAUCCUGGAACUUGGUCUGUAGGCCAUGAUGGCUCAGAACUCAGAGAGCUACCUGCCUUUGCCUCUGGAGUGCUGGGAUUAAAGAUGUGUACCACCAUGCCCGGCUUUCUGCCUGCUCAUUUUAAUAUAGUGUAGGAUUACCUGCUUAAGGUUGCACCCUCUGCAGUGUGCUGCACUAUCCCACAAGAAAAUGUCCUACAGAUUUGUCUACUAGCCAGUGUAAUAGAAGGAUUUUCUCCUUCCUUUUCAAUUUUUUUUAAUUUUUAUCUAUCUAUCUAUCUAUCUAUCUAUCUAUCUACCUACUUACCUACCUACCUACCUAUCUAUUUAUUUAUUUUGGUGACAGAAUCUUGUAACUUUGGGUAGCCUAGAAGUCAAUAUAUAGUUCGUCCUCUCCUAAAGCUCACAGGCCACCUGCCUUGGUCUCCCAAGCAUUGGCAGUAAAGGUUGCGUCAUGCUGCCAGAUUAGAGGUAUCGUCUUAAUUGACAUUUCCUCUUCCCAAAUGAUCUUAGACUUGUGUUAUAUUUGCAAAAUAAAUAGCACACUUGAAUUUAUAAAAUUGUAGUUUAGCCAUGUAUGGAGGCGAAUGCCUUUAAGGAGGCAGAGGCAGAGGGCUCUCUGAGUUGGAGAUCAGCGUGGUCUACAAAGGCAGUUCCAGGACAGUCUGGGCUGUUGUACAGACAAACCUUGUGUCAAAAAACCAAAAUAAAAUACAUAAUUUGCAAUUUAAAAAAUUUGCUGUGUGACUUGCAGGGUGACUCAAACCUAUAAUCUUGUCAGAAAGCUGUGACACAAGGAUCACUUCAAAUUUGAGGAUAGCCUGGGCUACAUGGUGUGGUCCAGUGUAGCCUAAGUGACACUGUGAGAUCUUGUCUCAUGAAACUAUCAGUUGUUAGCUGGGUGUGGUUCCAGUUGCUUAUAAUCCAGCACUUGGGAACUGGGAGAAGAGGUUCUCAGUAGUUCAAGGUCAGCAGCCUUGCCGUACUGAGACCCUAUUUCAACAAAGGGGCUAAAGACUUGUGUAUGGGAGUACUUGCUGCUCCUCUAAAUGACCUGAGUUAAGUUUCCAGCAGCCAUAUCUGAUGUUCACAACUAUCUGUAAUUCUCACUCCAUGGGAUCUGACAUCUCUGCCUAUUCAAGUGCCUGCACUUAGGUACACAAACUUAAAUGACGGCACAGAUACAUAUAAUUAAGAAUAAUAAAAUUCACCCAGAGUUAUACAGAGAAACCUUGUGUUGAAAAACCAAACCAAAACAAAGCAAAAUCAAAACAAAACAAAAAGCAAAGAAAAAUUUAAAACUAUUCAAAGCCUCUAAAACAAACCACCCAUUCAACCAAAACCAAAGGCAACCAACAAACCAAUUAAGAAGCCAACAUGAUAUGUAUUCUCUCACUAUAUGUUCUUUUAGUGGAUGAUUUAUUAAACUUUUGUUUGUUUAUAGUUAUUUUUGUGUGUGUGAGUGUAUGUAUUUUGUAUAUAUGGAGGCCAGAGAACAAUAGUGAAGUUAGUUCUCUCCUUCCAUCUCUGUGUGCCUUUGGAGGAUCCAGCUUCAAGUACCUUUAGCUCUUGAUCCAUUUUGCCUGCUCUACUUACUUAAUUUUUAAAUGUUUUUUAACAUAGUGUGUGUGUGUGUGUGUGUGUGUGUACACAUGUGUGAAAAAGUGCAGACAAUUUGUAGGAGUUGGUUCUCUUUCAUUCUGUACGUGCAGAGUAUUGGAACUUGGGUUGCUAGGCUUGUCUGUGUGUGCCUUUACCAGUGGAGUCAUCUUGAUGGCAAAUUCUUAAAUAUUUGGUGAAUUAGACUGUAAGACAACAAGACAAGGGUAGUGCCAUAUGCUGGUCUUCCCAACAUUGGAAGAAGAGCCAGUAGAAGCAGGAAUUCAAGGCUAUUCUUAUCUACAUUGUAAAUUUGAAGCCAGUAUUGGCUACAUGAGACCUUUCAAAUGGCAAAAUUAAACAAAACAACCCUCCCUCCACGUUUACAUGGGAAUGAAUGUAAUAGGGUUUGAGUGUUAGUUUCAGUUUGCUUCUCACUCCUGGAUUAAUUAACAAGGUGUCAUUUGCGUUAUGUCUGUAUUUUAUUUAUUUAUUUAUUUAUUUAUUUAUUUAUUUAUUUAUUUAUUUAUUUGAGACAGGGUCUCUCUACAUAGUCCUGGCUAUUUUGGAACUCACUCUGUAGACCAGGCUGGCCUUGAACUCACAGAGAUCCACCUGCCUCUGGCUCUGAGUGCUGGGUUAAAGGUGUUCACUACUAUGCACUGCUUCGAUUGUAUAUCUUGAUCUGUAAAAUUGUAGAAUUUCUCUCAUGGUGUUGUGCAUAUACAGUGUCUGUCCUGAAUGGCCCUUGUAAUUAGAUAAUAUUUUAUAAUUAGACAAUAUCCUUAUAACUAGACAAUAAUUCUGUGUGGUUAUCGCCUUACCAUUUGUUAAAAACUUGUCACUUUCUACUUAUUGACGUAGGAGAACUAGUUUCAUUUUGUAGUACAGGCUGGACUCUGCCUUCUGAGUGCUGGUAUACAUGUUUUAAUAAAAAUAUAUUCAUUGCUCCCA